AUGGAGUCGCCAGAUGGACCUGCGAGCAAGCGCCGAUGCCACAAAGAACGCGUACGAGUGACUCGCGCUUGCGAUGCUUGCAAGAAGAAGAAGUUACGCUGUACUGGGAAUUUACCUUGCGCCAGUUGUGUUCGAACGAGUAAAACAUGCGAGUACACAGCCGAAUACAACAGGGGCAAGCUGCCCCAGGUUCGCAUCUCCCAGCAGCCUGUACAAGAAAGUGAUGAGCAGCAGAAACAAGGUUCUACAGUUGAGGUGGGAUCACCUUCUUUGCCAUAUUCCCGGAUUGUGGAAAGUGGCAAAGUGGCCGAGAUGAACGAGGCGGUCGACAAUCCACUCUCUCGUGCCUCUCCCGAGCCUCACCAAACAGACUUGGAGGGUCACUAUGUUGGCCCUUCAUCUGGACUCUCAUUUCUACUGCGAGCACAAAGAAAACUCCACAAAUAUGUCGCGCUGCCUAUCAAUACCCCGAUAUUCACGUUUGGCGACUCUCCAUUGCCAGAAGCCGAGUCGACCUUCAUGCUAUUGCCUCCACGAGACGAGGCCAAUGCACUCCUUACGCGAUAUUUCGAUUUUGCUUUCCCCACACAUCGCUUUCUUAUUCAAUCACAGGUUGAAUGCUGGGUUGAGGAAUUCUACAGCGCCGUGCAAGCGUCCGAGGUUGUCAGUCCCAGUGUGCGGGGGAAAAGAGCCGUGGUUUUGAUGGUCUUCGCUCAAGCAAAGCAAAGCCAGCCCGACUCGGAUCAGUCGUCAGCCCGUUCUUUGAUCAGUAGUGCGGCAUACUUUGCAGCCUCGGAAAAACAGCUCUCAGCCGAGACAGGACCAGUGCGUAUAACGAGUGUCCAGGCACGACUAGCCCAAUGCUUCUAUCUCCUGUCUCAGUCUCGAAUCAAUCAUUGUUGGAGUUUGUUCGGCACGACUGCUCGACUUGCUAUGACUAUCGGGUUGCACUGCGUGAGGAGGCGUGAAAUUGGUGCCGGUGUCGACCAUAUUGAUUCUGAAUCUCGGAAGCGUGUCUUCUGGUGUGCAUACAGCUUGGAUAACUAUCUCAGUGCUGCUUUAGGUCGCCCACGGAUAUUCCAUGACGAUGACAUCGACCAAGACUUUCCUACAGUUGUGGAUGAUUCACGAAUUUUCAAAGAUCACAUUCUUGCCCCAGAGUCGACUGCGCAGAGUAUAAUGCUAGCGCCUUUAUAUCAUGCGAAGCUGUCGGUCAUUAUUGGCCGUAUACUGCACGACAUGUACGGCAUCCGCAGGGGUAGCUCUCAAGCAGAAAUAUCAGCCGCUGCUCAACACGGUGCCGAUCUCACCUGCUGGCGGCAGGAUCUUUCUAGCUUUCUUGACGCCUCGAAUGCCGACCUUUUGAUGCUCCCGUAUCAACGGCAAUAUACAGUGCUCAACCUGGCAUUCUACCACGCACAGAUUCUGCUCUAUAGACCUUUUGUUCUGAGACACUUUGGGACCUCUAUGGAUCGAGAAAGGUCACGGAGUGACUUUUCAAGUGAAUCCAUAGAGCAUUACAUCAGUAUAUGUCUAACGGCUGCUAUGAAAAUUGCCACAAUUAUUCGCGAACUUUGUGAAAAAUGUCGAAUGUAUAGCACAUUUUGGUUCACCCAUUAUUAUGCAUUUUCCGCAAUCAUGAUUCUGUAUCUACGAGUCAUGCAGCUGGCUGCACAGAAAGGAAAUCCAGAGGAAAUUUCCAAGUAUUUGCAAAUCGGGGAGUGCGCGCAACGAGACCUUUCCAGCUGUGCAUUUCAGUCUUCCUUUGUGCAGCGCUACAUUGUUGUUCUCGAGGAGCUUCGCCAAGAGGCUCGGAUGACACUGAAUCUAAAUGACAACCAUCAAGCACCAGAUGCCAUCGGAGAUCAGGUGACUGCGGCCCUGGGGCACCAGGAAGGCGUCCGACUAAACGACUUUGAGGGGUUAAGUCGCAGUAUGGAAAUAACCGGGGAAUUGCACGGUGGCAACCUCAUGGUGCCCCCCGUGAUGGAGUCUAAUCCCUCAUGGGUAGAUGGAUCCGAUGAUAGCUUUAACAUGCCUGGUUUAUCUGGACUGACAGAUUGGGAAGGACUCGACUCCUUGGCCCUAGCGGGGAUGGGGGAAUUAGACUACCUGUUUUGCCACGACGGGAGCUGAGCGACUAAGCAUUAUCCUUUACUAGCGACCAUAGAUUCGCGACAGAACUUCUUGGAAUUCCGUUCUUCCUGCAUCAUGAGCAUCCCUGCCACAUCUGUCAAACUAAUUUCUAGCGCAUAAAACCAGCCGUGUCUGGGGUGCACCAUUUCCGGCUCCAACUCCCUGCGGGCACGUUAUCCGAGUGGCUCCCUUCCGAGCCCGGAAAAGAACAUGGUCGGAUAAGCGCUGGAUUGAGGGAUGUAUCCGAUAUGCCCAUUACGCGUGGACAAGGCCCCGGG